UAAUUAUUCUUGUAGUCCGAUUAAUUAUAGGCUUAUAUAUUUUUAAUUGUCUAAUUAAAAUGAAUGCUUGCUUUUUGAGCAUGAGUGACAUUUCAUUAAUGUUUCUACAAACGUAGCUGUGUUUAGCCCAUUUAGCGAGGGAAAUCAUUCAUUUGUCUUGACUAUUCCUAUCGAUUGGGCGUAACAGGAAUAUUGAUAUUUUGUGAAAACUUCUUGAAGUGCACUAGAACUAUACAUAAAAUAUUUGCACAUAUCUGUAUAAAAUAUGUACUCGUAAAGAAUUAACUAAUUUAUGCAGCAUAGGAUUAAUUAAACAGUCUUUUUUUCGUCCCUCAUUCUUGGACAGUACGCUCAUGCAAAAAAGGACCCCGGAGAAUACUGGAGAGCUGUGAUGAAAGACGAGCCAAUGCCUGAAGCAAUCCAACAUCUUAUACCUCGACCACAUUCAAUUCCUCUCUCCAAAGAGGAAGCUGAUUGUCACACAUCAUCUUCUGUUGGAGGUCGUGAAGCCUUUGAACCAAGGCCUAAUGUAUCUGUCUACCAUGACGACACCAAGCUCAAAGAUGCUGAGAAAUCAGUAUUCUCGAAAGAUUUCGAGCCAAGGCCAAACGUAUCUAGUUACCAUGAUGAUGACACUAGUCUCAAACAAGAAAUGUACUUUGCUGAAGAUUUUGAGCCAAGGCCAAAUGUUUCUGUGUACUAUGAUUGAUAUGUCCCAUAUAAAGGGUGCUGUGUGUCUUCCUGCUUUUGUGCAUUCCUUUUGUGUGUGCCUCUCAAUGUUAAGUGAUCUACUCAUGAAAUUAAAAAAAAUACUUGUUGGUUGUAUUAAA